AUGAAUUCUUUUUUUUUUUUUUUUUUUUUUUUGCGUUAUUAUUGCCGUUUUUGGUGGAAGGGUCAAAUGCCGGUGCGGAAGAGGCAGCGUCGGGACACUGUUGUCACAGAGGCAGGGGCGGUUGAUGAGAUUGAAGAGAAAGAUAAGAAUGUCAUGGUCCGCCUUGUGGAUGAAAAAGGCGUUUUGACGGGGGCGCAGCUUCUUCUGCCCGUAACAGCGACUCCGAAGCAACUGGACGAGCUUUUAUGCUCUAUGCUGGAUGAGAGUGCACGCGGAACUCCGUACGCUUUUUUUAUCGACGGGGAUCAGGUGCAUGACAGUGUGCGCGACUCGCUUUUUAGGAGGCAGCAGGAGGCCUUUGUUGAUAAAAUGAUGAAGGAAGGAAGGCGCUUCAGGCAACAAGACGUGAGUAAACUGGAGUUUGAGCUUCCAGAGGAGACUGUUGUGGAUAUCCAAUUUAAACCGCAGGCAAAAUUUAGGGUGAGACCAGUGACACGUUGCACUGGAGCACUUGAAGGGCACAGCGAGGCUGUGCUUGUGGUUACUUUUUCACCGGACGGCGAGGCACUAGCAAGUGGAGGAGGCGAUAAGGAGAUACGAAUCUGGGAUGUUUAUACAUUAACCCCCACGGAAGAACUUAAGGCGCACACCAGUUGGGUGCAGGUGUUGUCGUGGGCCCCGGAUGGGAAGCAUCUCGUAAGCGGAAGCAAAGAUGGCACUAUUAUUGUUUGGUCGCAUGAUGGCAUGUACGGUAACUUUAAAGGGAAGCGACACAAGGCCCAUUCAAGUUAUUUAUCGCACAUUUCAUGGGAGCCGUUGCACAGAAACAUUGAUUGCAAUCGGUUUGUUUCGGCUAGUAAAGACACAACCCUAAAGGUUUGGCAUAAUGUGACCGGGGUUCAAUUUUCUCUCUCUGGGCAUCAGGCUUGUGUCACCUGCGUGAAGUGGGGUGGUGAGGGUUUUAUCUAUUCAUCCUCUCAGGAUCGCACUGUCAUUGUGUGGGAUGCCUCAAAUGGAACCCCGCGCCAUAUUCUUCGGGGCCAUGCUCACUGGGUAAACUUUGUCGCACUCAGUACAGACCUUGUGAUUCGGACAGGUGCAUUUGAUCACGAAGAAAAGAAGUUUGAUUCUCGUGAGGAGAUGCAAAAAUAUGCGGAACGGAGAUAUCAGGAGGUGGUGACGCGUUUUGGCUAUCAUGAGCGUCUCAUAAGCUGUUCAGACGACAACACCAUGUUCUUGUGGGCACCGCAAGAGCAGACUACUCCAUUGGGGCGAUUAACGGGUCACCAGGGAGCCGUGUUUCACAUCCAGUUUAGCCCCGAUGGAACUCUGAUCGCUUCAUGCUCCGCUGAUAAGAGCGUCAAGUUGUGGAACGCCGCGGAUGGAAAGUUUAUUACGACGUUUAGGGGGCAUGUGGCUCCCGUGUAUCACGUGAGCUGGAGCCUCGACUCCCGUCUUUUGGUCUCUGGUGGCCGCGAUUCCACCCUAAAACUUUGGUCCGUCUCAAAACGGGAGUUGGUGGAGGAUCUUGCGGGCCACUGCGAUGAGAUUUUCUCAACCGACUGGAGCCCCGAUGGGCAGCGGGUUGCAACGGGCUCAAAGGACAAAAAAGUUCUCAUUUGGGUUCAUUAA